GAAGCUAUUAAUGUCAAUAUCACAAUUUUAGGCUAUAUUAUUCUGAAAUAAUGAGUUGUUUUAUAAAUCCAAACCGAUUCAAAUAUUUGGAUAUUCCUGUGAUAAAAAAAUCUUUAUUCUAUUUUCAAACUAAAAAGACUACCAGAUAUAAACCUCUCAGAAAUUUUUGUACACACGAUAAACGUGACGAAAAGGAUAGUUUUAUACCAUUUCUUCAGAGGAUAAAUCUAAAACGUUCAGAAGCUAAACGUAGUAUCGUAGUACAAGUACAAUCACCACAAUCUUUCAAAGAAUUAUGGUCGUUUUGCAAUUCUAUAGGACACGUUAAAUGUAUGUUGCAUUAUUCAAUCGGUAUUGAACCAAUGCAUUUUAUUAUUGUCGAAUUUGAUAAAGAAACAGACAUCGAGAAUAUAAUGAAGUCUGGUAUUUAUGCAAAUAGGAGUGUAGGAAUGCCAACAAAAUCUCAUUUUUUAUGGUUUAAAGCGCCGAAUAAAAAAAGUUCUAUAUUAAAAGAGAUUAAGAAAACUAUCCAUUUAUCAACAGAAUUCGGAACUAGGAUAAAAGAUGAAGAAGAAAUAAGAAUGACAUUAAUUAAAUCUUUGAACAUUUCAGAUCAGAUAAAGACUUUAUAUGACAUCACUAAAUUAAAUGAUAUUGGAACUCGUUUGAGAUAUUUAACUGCCUUACAAAUAGAAGACUCUUUAAGGGGAAUGUUUCCUCAUGCUAUUGCUUAUCCUUUUGGAUCGAGUGUGAAUGGUUAUGGCAAAAUGGGAUGUGAUCUAGAUCUGUUUUUAAGACUUGCUGAUGAUAAGAUAGACGAAAAUGGUCGAUUAGUUUUCCACUGCAAACCCUUAAAUGGAUCGGAUAGAUCGACAACACAGAGAUGCAUGGAAACGAUCGGCGAUAUAAUCCACAACUUUUUACCGGGAUGCGGACAAGUUCGAAGGAUCUUGCAAGCGAGAGUACCGAUAAUUAAGUACCACCAACAAUUAACCGAUGUCGAAUGUGAUAUAUCGAUGUCAAAUAUGUCUGGCGUACACAUGUCGGAUUUUCUUUACAUUAUGGGAGAAUUAGACGAACGCGUACGACCGUUGAUAUUCGCUAUCAGAAAAUGGGCGAAAGCUAAAGGAAUUACGAAUUCUUCUCCCGGUAGAUGGAUUUCUAAUUUUGCUCUAACUUUACUUGUUAUUGCGUUCCUACAAAAUCCCUCCGAAGGAAGACAACCGAUUUUACCAUCUCUGAAUAAACUGACGGAAUUGGCGGGUGCGAACGACCGGUUCCUAUUAGAAGACGGUACAGACGUUUCUUUUUUAAGAGACGUUCGUAAAUACAAACAACAAAUCGAAAAUCGCGAUUCUUUGGAACAACUCGUACGACAAUUUUACGAACAUUACGCUCAAUUCGAUUUCGAAAAAAAGGCGGUGUGUUUGAACGAAACGGUAGACGUAUCGAAACCGGAAUUUAGUCCCAUUUAUAUAAUAAAUCCGCUAGAAAGAGGAUUGAACGUAAGUAAAAACGUUAGUACGGAAGAAGUGAUUCGAUUCCAACGAGAAGUUCGAAACGCCGCUUGGAUUCUAGAAUCGCAAGAAUCCAAAUCAGACGAUUGGGGAUUAUUAUCGUUGUUAUACGAUAAUUCCUCUAAAAUCGUUAAUCGAACUAAACCUGGACGAUUAGUGGAAGUUCGUAGUUUAUUCGAUAAGGAAGCUGAAAUGGAAAGAAGAGGUCGAAGUAAGGUAAUUAAUAAACGUCGGUAACGUAUUUUUUGAAUAAAUUUUUUUCAAAUUA